AUGAAGCAGAGAUUCUCGUCGCUUGACGUGAAGGUCAUUGUCCAGGAGCUGGCCGCGGAGCUUGUCAAUCUCCGCGUGUCCAACAUCUAUGACCUUUCUUCACGAAUCUUUCUCUUCAAGCUCUCCAAGCCAGAUCACCGACGCCAAUUGAUCGUUGACUCGGGCUUCCGUACCCAUGUCACUCACUACUCCCGCACCGCAGCCUCCGCUCCCUCGCCUUUCGUGACUCGCCUGCGCAAAUACCUCAAGUCUCGCCGUGUGACCAGCAUCAAACAGAUCGGCACAGAUCGCGUCAUUGACAUCUCUUUCAGCGACGGCACAUACCAUCUCUUCCUUGAGUUCUUCGCCGGCGGCAACAUCAUUCUUACGGACCGCGACCAUACGAUCAUUGCGCUGUUUCGUCAAGUGUCCGCAGCCGAGGGUGAAGAAGCCAAAUUGGGUCUGACCUACACUAUUACAAAUAAGCAAAACUAUGAAGGUGUGCCGGAGAUCACCGAUGACCGAGUCAGGCAAACGAUCGAAAGAGCCAAAGCGCUGUUCGCCAAGGACGAGGGUGCCGCGAAGAAGACAAAGAAGAAGAAUACAGAUGUCUUGAGAAAAGCAUUCUCUCAGGGAUUCCCUGAGUACCCGCCUUUACUCCUAGAUCACGCUUUUGCGGUGAAAGGUUACGAUCCCGCGACGCCGUUGGACGAUGUUUUGGCGGACGAAGGGGCGCUACAAAAGGCGAAAGAAGUGCUCGAGGAAGCCCAGAGAGUCUCCCAAAGUUUCGACACUGGCGAGAGCCAUCGGGGUUAUAUCGUUGCGAAAGAGGAUAAGCGAGCUUCUGCCGAUGGCGAGAAUGCGUCACAGACGACGGGCCUUUUGUACGAGGAUUUCCACCCAUUUCGACCACAACAAUUUGAAGGCAAGCCUGGCAUCACAAUUCUUGAAUUCGACAAGUUCAAUGCCACUGUCGACGAGUAUUUCUCGUCCCUGGAAUCACAACGCCUGGAGUCUCGACUGACCGAGAAAGAGGAAGCUGCUAAGCGGAAGCUGGAGGCUGUCCGGGAAGAGCACAGAAAGCGUAUCGACGCGCUCAAGACCGCACAAGAACUCCAUGUUCGGAAGGCCAAUGCCAUCCAAGAUAACAUGUAUCGAGUUCAGGAGGCCAUGGAUGCAGUCAAUGGUCUAGUUGCGCAAGGAAUGGAUUGGGGCGAGAUCGAGCGGCUGAUCGAAAUGGAACAGGGUCGUGGAAACCCCGUCGCGCAAGUCAUCAAGCUUCCUUUGAAACUUUAUGAAAACACCGUUACCCUGUUACUGGCUGAAGCCGGCGACGAAGAUGAAGACGAGGACGAGGAUGAGGAAGAAGAUGCGUCUAGUGACGAGUCCGACUCCGACUCCGACUCGGAAAGCGAGGCCCGAGAAAAGCAGCGCCGUGCUGAUGCUUCCUCCAAGAUGUUGACUAUUGAUAUUGACCUGGCUUUGUCUCCGUGGGCGAAUGCUUCCCAGUAUUUCGACCAGAAGAAGCAAGCUUCGGAGAAGCAGCAACGCACGGCCCAAUCAUCGACAAAGGCGUUGAAGAGCCACGAGAAGAAGGUAACGGCAGAUCUGAAGAAAAGUUUGAAACAAGAGAAACAAGUUCUGCGUCAAGCCCGUGAGCCAUUCUGGUUUGAGAAAUUUGUCUUCUUCAUCUCGUCUGAAGGUUACUUGGUUAUUGGUGCCCGCGACGCAAUGCAAAGCGAGUUGCUUUACCGUCGGUAUCUGCUCAAGGGUGACAUCUUCAUUCAUGCAGACCUGGAGGGAGCGCUUCCCAUUGUGGUGAAGAACCGCCCCGGGAAGUCUGAGGCUCCCAUCUCACCCAGUACCCUUUCUCAGGCUGGAAACAUGUGUGUUGCGUCAUCUAUUGCCUGGGAGUCCAAGGCCGUCAUGUCUGCCUGGUGGGUGCACGCCAACCAGGUCACCAAAACCUCCCAGGCCGGCGGAGGCCUGCUUCCUACAGGCCGAUUUGAGGUAAAGGGAGAGAAAUACUUUCUUGCUCCAUCCCAGCUGGUGCUUGGAUUUGCGGUCCUGUGGCAAAUUAGCCCGGACAGCGUGAAGAACCACAAGCAAUUGUACGACGCAGAUGGUCAACUACCUGCAGUGGCCACUACGGAGGAUAAAGAGAUCACUCGGUCAGAACAAGAGGAUCGGGUCACGGAACAGCCUGAGCCAACCGAGGGAGAGACCAGAGGAGGCGACGAUGUGCAACAGAACGGCCAGGUUCAAAACGAGCCUAAACAAGAUGAAUCAUCUGACAACGAGGAGCCUGAGGGACAGGAAGAGGACGAUCAGCCUCCAGCGCGCAAUCCUCUCCAACGUGGGGACUCCCAGCUAUCUGUCGAGACGGGUCAUUCGCUUACCGAUCCAGAGAACGACUCCGAUGCUGAAGAACAGGAUCAAGCUAUAGGAGAGGCUGAAUCAGAUCUGAAGUCCGCACAGGCUGACGAGGUUGAAGUAGACUCCAAGGAGGCGUCGCACAGAGUGAACGAGCAAACCUCUUCGAUUGACGACCGAAAACAGCUCAACGCCCGAGAACGACGCAACUUGCGCCAAGGAAAGCCCGUGGAGCGACUAGCCGGAGAUGAGCCUAGUGCGCCGCGCAUUCCCCCCACUCGCGGCAAGAGAGCAAAGGAGAAGCGAGCCGCCGCCAAGUAUGCUCAUCAAGACGACGAGGAACGAGAACUCGCUCUCCGUCUUCUCGGCGCCGACAAGGGCAAAGCAGCCAAGGCUGCGCAGGCUGCGGAAGCCAAAGCUCAGCGUGAGCGCGAGGCCGAAGCUCAAAAGGCCCGCCGUCGUGCGCAACACGAACGCGCCGCUGAAGCCGAGCGAAAGCGGCAAGCUGCCUUCGAAGAAGGUGGUGAUGACUACAGUGAAGAUGUUGCCGCCGCGGAAGCCGCUGCUCUCAGCUGGUUGCCUGCAUUGGUGGGCAACCCAUCGCCUGAUGACGAGAUCCUCGCUGCGAUUCCCAUGUGCGCACCCUGGGGGUCUCUGGGCCGGUACAAGUACAAGGUCAAGCUUCAACCUGGUACUGUGAAGAAGGGCAAGGCAGUGAAAGAGAUCGUGGGCCGGUGGGUGUCCGAGACCACGACUGGUAAAGUGAAGAAGGAGUAUGCCGAGGAUCUGGGCAUCUCGCGGGUGGAUGCGGAGAAAUUGCGGGAACGUGAGGGAGAGUUGAUCAAGGGCUGGAAGGAUACGGAGAUUAUCAACACCAUGACUGUGGGCAAAGUCCGAAUCAUGACUGCCGGUAGUGGCAGCGGAGGCAGUGGUGACAAAGGGAAAGGUGGUGGAAAGGGUGGCAGAGGUGGAGGUGGUCGAGGUGGGGGCAAAGGAGGGAAGAAGAAAUAG